GUGGAGCGGAAGGAGGAGGCGGCGGUCCCGCGGCUGCUGCUCGCUAGUGCGGGUGCCGGGCCGGCUCUCGGGAGCCUGGGCCGCCGCUGCCAAGUCGAUCCCAGCGCGUCCUAGCUAGCGGAGCGGGAGGAGCCGGAGGCGGCCCCGGGCGGGCUCGGGCUCGGGCUCCGCAACCAUGGAGAACGCGCACACCAAGACCGUGGAGGAGGUGCUCGGCUACUUCGGUGUCAACGAGAGCACUGGGCUGAGCCUGGAGCAGGUCAAGAAGCUCAAGGAGCGCUGGGGCUCCAACGAAUUGCCAGCAGAAGAAGGGAAAACCUUACUAGAGCUUGUCAUUGAACAGUUUGAAGAUUUAUUGGUUAGAAUUUUACUGCUGGCAGCCUGCAUAUCUUUUGUCCUGGCCUGGUUUGAAGAAGGUGAAGAAACAAUCACUGCAUUUGUUGAGCCUUUUGUGAUUCUGCUUAUCUUAGUGGCCAAUGCAAUUGUGGGUGUGUGGCAGGAAAGAAAUGCCGAGAAUGCAAUCGAAGCCCUUAAGGAAUAUGAACCUGAAAUGGGUAAAGUUUAUCGACAGGACAGGAAGAGCGUCCAGCGGAUCAAAGCCAAAGACAUUGUUCCUGGUGAUAUUGUGGAAAUAGCUGUUGGUGACAAAGUUCCUGCUGACAUAAGGUUGACAUCCAUUAAAUCUACUACCUUAAGGGUGGACCAGUCAAUUCUCACAGGUGAAUCUGUCUCUGUUAUUAAACAUACGGACCCUGUACCGGAUCCCCGGGCUGUAAACCAAGAUAAGAAGAAUAUGCUCUUUUCUGGUACAAAUAUUGCUGCUGGAAAAGCAAUGGGAGUGGUGGUUGCCACCGGCGUCAACACUGAAAUUGGCAAAAUCCGUGAUGAAAUGGUAGCGACUGAGCAGGAGAGGACCCCCCUGCAGCAGAAGCUUGAUGAGUUUGGGGAACAGCUGUCCAAAGUCAUCUCCCUCAUCUGCAUCGCCGUGUGGAUGAUCAACAUUGGGCAUUUCAAUGACCCAGUGCAUGGGGGCUCCUGGAUCCGAGGUGCCAUCUAUUACUUCAAGAUCGCAGUAGCCCUGGCCGUCGCAGCCAUUCCCGAGGGCCUGCCCGCCGUCAUCACCACCUGCCUGGCCCUGGGCACCCGCAGAAUGGCCAAAAAGAAUGCCAUUGUCAGGAGUCUGCCUUCCGUGGAGACCCUGGGCUGCACUUCAGUCAUCUGCUCUGACAAGACUGGCACUCUGACUACCAACCAGAUGUCCGUGUGUAGGAUGUUUAUUCUGGACCGAGUUGAAGGGGAUAGCUGUUCCUUGAACGAGUUUACCAUAACUGGAUCAACAUAUGCCCCCAUGGGAGAAGUGCAUAAAGAUGAUAAACAAGUGAAGUGUCAUCAGUAUGAUGGACUUGUAGAACUGGCCACAAUCUGUGCCCUUUGCAAUGACUCUGCUUUGGACUACAAUGAGGCAAAAGGAGUGUAUGAAAAAGUUGGGGAGGCUACAGAGACAGCCCUCACUUGUCUGGUCGAGAAGAUGAAUGUCUUUGACACGGAGCUCAAAGGCCUCUCCAGGAUUGAACGUGCCAAUGCCUGUAACUCGGUUAUAAAACAGUUGAUGAAGAAAGAAUUCACCCUUGAAUUUUCCAGAGAUAGAAAAUCAAUGUCUGUGUAUUGUACACCAAAUAAACCGAGCCGGACAUCAAUGAGCAAGAUGUUUGUUAAGGGAGCCCCUGAAGGCGUCAUCGACAGGUGUACACACAUUCGCGUUGGGAGUACCAAAGUGCCCAUGACCCCUGGGGUCAAGCAGAAGAUCAUGACAGUCAUUAGGGAAUGGGGCACUGGCAGAGAUACCCUGCGCUGCUUAGCGCUGGCCACUCAUGACAAUCCUCCCAGAAGAGAAGAGAUGAAUCUGGAGGACUCGGCCAACUUUAUUAAAUAUGAGACCAAUCUGACUUUUGUUGGCUGUGUGGGCAUGCUUGACCCUCCAAGAACUGAAGUGGCCUCAUCGAUAAAACUCUGUCGGCAAGCUGGCAUCCGAGUCAUCAUGAUCACUGGCGACAAUAAGGGCACAGCCGUGGCCAUCUGUCGUCGGAUUGGCAUCUUUGGGAAUGAGGAAGAUGUCACUGCCAAGGCUUUCACAGGCCGGGAGUUUGAUGAACUGAGUCCUUCUGCCCAGAGGGACGCCUGCCUCAAUGCUCGCUGCUUUGCCAGAGUGGAGCCUUCCCACAAGUCCAAGAUUGUGGAAUUUCUGCAAUCGUUUGAUGAGAUUACAGCUAUGACUGGGGAUGGUGUCAAUGAUGCUCCAGCCUUGAAGAAAUCAGAGAUUGGUAUUGCCAUGGGCUCUGGGACUGCAGUGGCAAAAACUGCUUCAGAGAUGGUGCUGGCAGAUGACAACUUCUCAACCAUCGUGGCAGCCGUCGAGGAAGGACGCGCCAUCUACAACAACAUGAAGCAGUUCAUUCGCUACCUCAUCUCUUCCAAUGUGGGGGAAGUCGUAUGUAUUUUCCUGACUGCUGCUCUAGGUUUUCCUGAGGCUCUAAUCCCUGUCCAGCUUUUAUGGGUAAAUCUGGUGACAGACGGCCUUCCAGCCACAGCUUUGGGAUUCAACCCCCCUGACUUGGACAUCAUGAACAAGCCUCCCCGAAAUCCCAAAGAGCCCCUCAUCAGCGGUUGGCUCUUCUUCCGUUACCUCGCCAUUGGAUGUUAUGUUGGAGCUGCAACUGUGGGGGCAGCUGCUUGGUGGUUCAUUGCUGCUGAUGGGGGUCCAAGGAUUACCUUCUACCAGCUGAGUCACUUCCUGCAGUGUAAAGAGGAUAACCCGGACUUUGAGGGUGUGGACUGUGCCAUCUUUGAGUCCCCGUACCCCAUGACGAUGGCGCUCUCCGUGCUGGUGACAAUCGAGAUGUGCAAUGCUCUCAACAGCUUAUCAGAAAACCAGUCCUUGCUGAGGAUGCCACCUUGGGAGAACAUCUGGCUGGUGGGCUCCAUCUGCCUCUCCAUGUCCCUCCACUUCCUGAUCCUCUACGUGGAGCCCCUGCCGCUCAUCUUCCAGAUCACGCCUCUGAACGUGACCCAGUGGCUCAUGGUGCUCAAGAUCUCCCUGCCCGUGAUCCUCAUGGAUGAGACGCUGAAAUUUGUGGCCCGAAACUACCUGGAACCUGGUAAAGAGUGUGUGCAGCCCACCGCCAAACCGUGUUCUUUCCCAGCCUGCACCGAAGGGAUUUCCUGGCCGUUUGUGCUGAUCAUUAUGCCCCUGGUUAUCUGGCUUUAUAGCACAGACACUAACUUUAGUGACAUGUUCUGGUCUUGACUGUUGUAGUUUUACAUAAAAGAUGUUUAACUUAAUCAAUUAAUUUUUUUUUAUUGUUUAAAGCAACUGUCUAUUUCUGCUGAAUUUUCCCAUGAACAUGUUUGCUGGUGAAGGAGGUUUCAUACUCUAGGUUUUGUUUUGCUUUUUCUGACUCCAGUGGGGCAAGAUUUUCCUUUUUUAUACACAUAAUUAAAGUGUCCAUUGACAUGUACAGAGAACUAACACUAUUUUAUGCAAAUAUUUUUUUGUAGAUGAAAAAGCAUGUACAGUGUUCUGUCUCAUAGUCUCAUCCUUGUAUAAAGAAAUCGUUGAGCCAGCAGACAUUGUCAGCAAAUUAAUUGGCGGCAGAUUUUAGGGAAUGAAUGUGUGUGGUUUUUUCUAAAACUAAGUAGCAUGUAUUGUCUUCUGCAUGAUCACCUGGAUUUAAUUUGAUGUCACAGUCUAAUUUUUUUAUUCAUAAGCCAAUUUUUCUGCACUGAGCAGAGUACCUGCUACCUCAGUCAGUAUUUUUUGGUUUGCCGCCCUGCCCGCCCCUCACCGUCAGCACCCUCCCCUCCCCUCCCCUCCCUCUUGGCUUCUUGGUUCUCGGAUGCCGAUGGUUUUGUUUACACCCGUCUCAAUGAGAGGUAGGCCUAUUCUCGCUUGUGCAGAAAACAUUGUUCCAGAUUCAAUCUCCUGGACUCAUUUCCCCCCACGUAGUUUUUAAGGUUAUUUAUUUAAAUGUCUAAUGUAUUUUCUUGUAACAGACAUUGUUUUGCCAAUGUUGCCCACUUCAGCGGCACUUCAUCUAGUUUUAAAAUAAAUAAAUAAAACCUUUUAAAUGGA